AUCAACACUUUAGUGAUUAUACCUGAUGGUUGGGAGACGAAAACGACAAAUAUUUGGUGGUAACAUGAGUGGAAACUCGGUAUAUUUAGGGUUUGACUUUAGCACACAGCAGAUAAAAUGUGUAGCUAUUGAUGAAGAAUUGAAUUUUAUUUGUGAGAAAGCAGUUAGAUUUGACACAGACUUACCAGAAUUCAAAACACAAGGAGGAGUCCAUGUACAUGAUGACAGAGUUACAGUUACUGUGCCUACAGCAUUAUGGAUCAAGGCACUGGAUAUCCUGUUAUUCCGUUUGCAGAAUGGAUUGUUUGAUUUCUCCAAUGUCAUGGGUAUAUCCGGUUGUGGACAGCAACAUGGUAGUGUGUACUGGAGAAAAGGAUCAAAGUUAAAACUAAGUAAACUGAAACCAAUGGCUAGUCUACAUGAUCAGCUCAAAGAUGGUUUUAGUGUACCAGAGUCUCCAAUAUGGAUGGAUGCCAGUACAAUGUCACAAUGUCAAAAGUUAGAAGAAAGUGUAGGAGGUCCUCUGAAAUUAGCAGAAAUAACUGGUUCUCGAGCAUUUGUUAGAAUGACUGGUGAACAGAUUAUGAAGAUUUCACAGAAUGACCCUGAAGCAUAUGCUAAUACAGAGAGGAUAUCAUUGGUCAGUAGUUUUGUGCCAAGUAUUUUGAUUGGUGAUUAUGCUCCAAUAGAUUUAAGUGAUGGAAGUGGAAUGAAUUUGUUGGACAUCAAUACUAAAACAUGGUCUCAGCAAUGCUUAGAUGCAUGUGGAGAGAAUCUAGGAGAAAAGUUAGGAGAACCUGUUCCCUCACCCACCGUUGUUGGAAAUAUACAUAGCUAUUUCUGUGAUAAAUAUGGUUUCCCUGAUGAAUGUAAAGUUGUAGCAUUUACUGGAGAUAAUCCCUCAUCUCUAGCAGGACUGUCACCUAGGGUUGGGGAUGUAAUUUUUAGUCUUGGAACCAGUGAUUGUAUCUUCCUCUGGGUACCAGAUUGGCGACCAAUUUUAAUAGGCGAUGCUUAUAUAAACCCUGUGCAUCAAGAUGAGUUUUAUAACUUUGUAGGUUUUAAGAAUGGUUCAUUAGAAAGAGAAGCUAUAAAAGACAGAUGUGCUGGAUCAUGGGAGAAAUUUGAAGAUAUGGUGAAAUCAACACCAAUGGGAAAUAAUGGAAACUUUGGGUUGUUCUUUGGGCAGGUUGAAGUUCAGCCAUUUUUAAAAGGAACAUUUAGAUUCAAUGAAAAGAAUGAGAAGGUAGACGUUUUCCCACCAGAUGUAGAAGUAAGAGCUGUUCUAGAAGGGCAAAUGAUAGCAAGAAGGGUUUAUUCAGAACUCAGAGGCAUGAAAAUAACUCCUCAGACAAGACUACUAGCUACUGGUGGAGCAUCAAAUAAUAAAGCUAUACAGCAGGUAAUGGCAGAUGUAUUUAAUGCUCCAGUUUAUACAACAGAAAUAGCUGAUUCAGCAGCUUUGGGAGGAUGUUAUAGAGCUAUACAAGCUUGUACAGGCAAGCAAUUUGAAGAUGUUGUGAAAAAUCAUCCUGAGCCAGUAUGUGUUGCCAAACCCACUCCAGGUUGUGUUGAGGUCUAUGACAAAAUGUGUGAGAGAUACAGAAUCAUUGAGAAGAUAGUUACAGAAAAAUAGAUGCUUACAAUUUGUUUUUCUGGCUGUCAAUAACAGGAAAUAAUGGAAAAUCCUAUGCAAUAAUGUAUAUUGUUUCAAGCUAUAUUUUUUUACUUUAAUAGUCUUUAUGGUGCUAUAUUGUUAAUUUUUAGAUAAUUAUUCUUUUUGUUCAUAUCUUUUUAUUGCAAUGAAUUUGGCAAUAAAUACUAUUAAAAGUAUAGAUAGUUCAAGAAAUACCAAUUAAUGGUAGUCAAGGAAAACAAUCAGGGAAUAUUCAAACCAUAGUUUUCAGGUUUGACGAUGACCUAUAGUUGUUAACUUCUAUGUUACUUAGUCUCUGGUGGAGAGUUGUCUCAUUGACAAUCAUACCACAUCUUCUUAUUUUAAUAUUAUAAAGAAAAGAAAUGAUGGUCGACUAUUGAAAUUUUAAAUUCCUUUGUAUUAGCAUUUUCACAUUUUAUGGUGGUGCUUGUGCUAACCUCAGUCAUUAUUCAUUGUGUCUUGAUCAGAGGAGUUUUAUAAUUGUUUAAUAAGUGAUUUCAUAUAAAUGCUACAAAACAGACUCAAAUAUAUGUGUUUAUUUAGUUUUAUUUUUCUCUUUAUAGUUAUUGUGUAUUGCAUUAUUGAUACAGUCUUAAUUUAAUGAAGUUCAGUUUCAAAAGAAAUUGAAAUAAAUUUUUUUUUUUUAAUUUCUUUUGAUUAAACAGAUAUUGUUGUUAUUCAAUUCAUGGGGUGUUUUUUUUUUUUUUUGCUGCACUUGUUGUGCAAUCAUUUUCUUUAUGAAGAAAAUUACAAAUGUUUAAACAAGUAAGUUUGUGACUAGUGUAGAAAUAGCUUAAGAUAUUUAUUUCCACAUUUAUGCACACACUGUAAAAUGUAUAUACACACUCUUGGUGGUUGUGAGUAUUAUUAGCAUAUUAGUAUAAAGCACAAGAAGUGAUGGAAUUUAGGGGAGCACUCAUAUAGCUUUUUUUAGAUAGUUUUUUUUUAAUUGGUAUUAUUGUGGAGACAUUUCAGAGUUGAUUCCUAAUUAAAUUUAUGAAGUAAUUAUGUUAAAUAGGUUAAGAAUUUAAAAAAUCAUGAAAAAAUCAUACCACUGAUUCAUGUAAUUCAUGAGAAUCUGUUUUCACGGUAGAGGAAGUGUUUGUUUUGAAGCAGCUAAAAAUAGCAAAUAAAAAUAUUGAUCACAUAUCCAAUUAAUCCCUUAAGGGAUUUGGAGCUCAGAGCGCCAUUCUGGACCUGCAAGCACAACAGAUUAAUAUCCAAUGUUGAAUGAAUGAGUACUUUAUUCUCAUAAAACAAAUGUUACAGAGAACAUAUACAUAUUAACAAUAUAAAAAUUUGUAGUGCAUGUGUGAAUUACAUUUAUAAUAAACACUAAAAAGUUCUAACCUGAUUGUAUGUUGCUUCUUUUGAAAAUUAAGAGAUUUUUUUAGAAUCUAUGUUACAAUGUUGCACUUCACCCUCCAAAAAUUCUUGUCCACUAGUUACAAGUUUCCCCAUGUUUUUAGUGUUGGAACAUAAUGAAAAUCAUUUAUAAUUUAUUUCAUUCAAUAAAGAGUUCAUUUACCCAAAAGAUUGUAUGGGUAUUGAGUCAGGUGUUGCAUAUUUUGCAGUUUAUAGUCAUUAGGAAUACUUGGUAUUUAUUGCACCCAGUUAUAAUUUUGUCUAUAUUUACAGAACAGAUGUACAUAUCCUAGUAUUUUAACAAAACAUUCUUUAUACUACAGUCCACUAUGGAAAGAUGUUUGGUUGCAAAUUCAAAUUCCAAGGAAAGUCUUAUUUUAAACAAGCUCAAGAAAAUGAUCAAACCAUAAACAUUCCCUAGGUUUGACAUUGUGAUUUAUCUGCUGUGUAUGACAUGUACUUCAUUUUAUUUCCAGCAUGCUAUUUUGAAACAUCAACUCUUGAAAUUAAUUUUUCCAAAUCGGAAGUCUGAAUGUUGGAAUAAUCAAAUAUUUUUGUCAGUAGUUCAAUGUUCUUUUAGUUGUCCAAUAAAUCAUACAAAUCUUGGAAUUCCUUCUUUAAACUCCUAACCUAAUAUCUUUUGGAAUUGGCUUUUCCAAGUAAUGAAUAAACAACCUUCAAAAACUGGAAAAAAAUUAAGAUGUAGGAUUAACCAGUUUUUCCUAGAUCUAAAACCUGUAGUACAAUAUAUUGAAACAGUUUAAUGCAUUGUAAUGCAACAUAUAGUAAUCCCACCAUAAGAAUUAUUUCCCUUUAACACUGAAAAUCCUGUGGUCGAAAUAGUUUUAUUUUUUUUAUUUAAUUCAGGUAGUCCACCUGAUUUAAGUACACAUAUGCUCAUUUGAUGUAGUGGCCCAGUGUUUAACAAUUUAUAGCUAUACCUUAAUUGUAUAAAAUUUAUGAAAUUAGUUAAAGGACAGUAGGUAUUGUUGUUGAGAAGCUAGAAAUAAUAUUUAAAGAACAUUUCUGAAAAAAAAUUGUCUGUUAUUAUAAAGAGGUUGAUUACAAAUUUUGUUGUGUUUUUUCUACAAACAUUUUUUUAUUAGAUUUAUUUGUUAUUUUUGAGCACACCAUUGUAUCAUUUUUAUUCAUCAUUUUUUGUUUUCUAAAUAAAGAUAUGAAUAUAAUUGAUAUUUUUUAGAGAAAACUUUUUUAACGAGUGCCAAAAUGAAAUGCAAUGCAAAAACUUAAUUUGAAACAUUAUUUUGAACAUUUUAGGUGUGAGAACAAUUUCUCUCGCUGUGAUAAAAGUAUGCCAAACAUUGCCAAAGUAUGGUCACCCUACACAUACUAGUAGUUGAUUUAUUUCAACUUGAACAUAAUUUUAUAUUAAUAUUGUUACGUGAUGAUUUUGAUAUGAUUCUUGUUGACAUGUUGUUAGAGAUUUCCUUACUGAAGUAGUUUUAUGUGUAGUUGUGUAGAAUUAAAUUCUUUUAUUUUGAUUUGACUCCUAAUUUUAUACACAUUCUUCUGAACAUACUGAUAUACAGUGAUGCAACAUAUUUGGUCUACUAUUUCAUGCAUUUCAAUUAAAAAGUAGAAUUACAUGUAUAAUUAAAAAUAGCUACAGUGUCGACACUUUCUUGUAAUGAGGUAAAACGUUAGAAUUUUGCAUUACCAAAACAUAAGGAGAAGGUCAGUUUUAGAGUCAAAGUGACUCUAAAAACGAAGUAUUUCAAAAUUGAUUCAAUUUGCAGAACUAUAAAUAUUCAAUAUGUAUUUUAACAAUGCCUUUUUGUUUAAAAUACAAAAAUGAUAUAAAUAAUGGCAUUUAACAAAUUUUCCUUCUCAGGGAAUAUACAUAGGUACAAAACAUAUUUUUCCCUUAUAACAAUGAUUAUUGUGAAUAUAAAACUUUUUGUUUAUUUUAAAUACAAUGUGUUCAUUGAAUUCCUUUUUACCAGUUAGCUUUUCUCUAGUCUAUUGUAACUUUUAUUAAUCAAGAAAUAAAAUAAUGCUCAAUUAUUAA